UGCUCAGUUCUGGCGUGCCCGCGUGCCACUGAUUUACUAUCAUAUUAUCGAGUGGCACCAGCCGGAUAGGGUGAUGCCGCAGUUUGGAUUGCUUCAGCCUAUACCUGAACCACCUUCGCAGCUCCACAUCCACCACACUGUCCAGUUUCGGGGGAGCUCAAGCUUCCAACACACUUUUAGAGAGUAUGUCGCGAUAUGGGACUCCAGGGAACUGUAUGUGGUCCAAGGCCCGUUGCUGGACCAUCCGCCCCACUUCCAUUCAGAGUACAUGGAGUGGUACAGACGCAUCAGCAGGAGAUGGAUUACCCAUCACGGAGCAGAGACUGGAUCAGCUCGUGAUGCCAUGGAGAGGAUUCGCUUACAGUCAGAGGCAGGGUCGAGUAUUGGUACUUACGCUCGUAGUCACCAGUUAGGCACCAUGGAGGACCGGAGGGACACACAGUGGCCACCACCAGAGCCUGCUGUUCCGCCACAGCCCUUGCCUCAUAUAGAUCCCCCGACGGUCGACGUACAGCGUAUACGAGGUCGUCGUCGGGGUAGAGCCAGACCUCAGGAGGAGACACGCGAGAUGGCAGAGAACCCUAUGCCACCCCCGGUACGUUUUAAUCUAAAUUUUCUUUUAUUUAAUAUUAAAUCAAUAAUUCUAAUAAACAAUUUGUUUUUUUAGGUCG